GGCACCGGGCGAGGGGCGAGGCGCUCGGCGUGCAUGGAUGCAGGCUCCUGCGAACUGAGGUCCGCCAGGCCUCGGCCCGGGAGUGCCCGCUCCCGCCGCUCUCGCGGGCCCUGCCAGGACGCCGGGCGCAGGGGGGCCUCCGCCGGGUGCGUUCCUGGGGCGGGCAGGGGAGGAGGCGGCGGAGCGGAGGAGGAGGGAGGCCGGGCCGCGGCUGCCCGCGCCCGCCUGACCCUCGAGGGGGUCGCUGUUGCCUCGCAGAUCCCUCCCUCGCUCCCUGCCUGCCUCCCUCCCCGCCGCUCCCGCCGCGUCCGCCUUUUGUUCGCGGAACCGCGCGCCCCCGAGCCGAGGCGGCGGGGCGGGGAGCUGGCGGGGCUGCGCGGGGGGCGGGCCGCGCCGGGCGGAGCCGGGGCCCGGGCCGCAGCCGGACUCGCAGCCCGAGGGAGCGAUCGGCGUGCGGGCGGCGGGGUCCCGGGCGCGCUCCGGGGACGCGGCGAGGCCGAGGGGGCGGGCGCCGGGCGGAGCCGUAGUCGGAGCCGGGGCGCCUGGAGGCGGUCGGGGCGCACUGUUCGAGCCCAGAGCUGUGGAGAGACCGCGCGGCGGGCCGUGGGGCGGGGACGCAGUGUCGAGGCUGAGGUGGGCCGAGGGCAGCCGCUGCCCGAGCGGCGGGAGCCGCAGCCGCGCCGGCUCCCUCCCCAGGGACGUCGAGGCCGGGCGGGCCUGGGCCAUGCGCACGGCUCGCUGAGGCCGACGGAGGCCGCGAUGGAGGCGCCGGCGGCCGAGCCCCAGCUCCGGGGCUCUGGCCCCCAGCCCGCGUCCGCGCCUGCCCCGGAGAGGAGAAAGAGCCACCGCGCGCCGUCGCCGGCCCGGCCCAAAGACGUGGCCGGCUGGUCGCUGGCUAAGGGCCGCCGCGGCCCAGGCCCCGGCGCAGCCGCCGCCUGCAGUGCCGCGUCCUCCGCACGGCCCGACAAGAAGGGGCGCGCGGUGGCGCCCGGGGCUCGGGGCGCGGGGGUGCGGGUGGCCGGGGUUCGCACGGGGGUCCGUGCCAAGGGUCGCCCGCGCCCGGGUGCGGGGCCGCGCCCGCCGCCGCCGCCCCCCAGCCUCACGGACAGCAGCUCGGAGGUGUCGGACUGCGCGUCGGAAGAGGCGCGCUUGCUGGGCCUGGAGCUGGCGCUGAGCAGCGACGCGGAGUCGGUGGCCGGGGGCCCGGCAGGGGUCCGCACGGGGCAGUCGGGCCAGCCCGCACAGUCCGCGCAGCAGCCCCCGCGCCCGCCCGCCUCCCCGGACGAGCCGUCGGUGGCCGCGUCGUCAGUGGGCAGCAGCCGCCUGCCGCUCAGCGCCUCGCUCGCCUUCUCCGACCUCACCGAGGAGAUGCUGGACUGCGGGCCCGGCGGCUUCGUGCGGGAGCUGGAGGAACUGCGCUCGGAGAACGACUAUCUGAAGGACGAGAUUGAGGAGCUGCGGGCCGAGAUGCUGGAGAUGCGGGAUGUCUAUAUGGAGGAGGACGUGUAUCAGCUGCAGGAGCUGCGGCAGCAGCUGGACCAGGCCAGCAAGACCUGCCGCAUCCUGCAGUACCGGCUGCGCAAAGCUGAGCGCCGCAGUCUGCGUGCUGCCCAGACUGGCCAGGUGGACGGCGAGCUUAUCCGUGGUCUGGAGCAGGAUGUCAAGGUCUCUAAGGACAUCUCCAUGAGGCUGCAUAAGGAGCUUGAGGUGGUGGAGAAGAAACGGGCACGGCUAGAGGAGGAGAAUGAGGAGCUUCGGCAGCGGCUCAUCGAGACUGAGCUGGCGAAGCAGGUGCUGCAGACAGAGCUGGAGCGGCCAAGAGAGCAUUCUUUGAAGAAAAGAGGAACCCGCUCCCUGGGGAAAGCAGAUAAGAAGCCUUUGGUUCAGGAGGACAGCGCGGACCUGAAGUGCCAGCUGCACUUUGCAAAGGAGGAGUCGGCCCUCAUGUGCAAGAAGCUCACUAAGCUGGCCAAGGAGAAUGACAGCAUGAAGGAGGAGCUGCUGAAGUACCGCUCGCUCUACGGGGAUCUGGACAGUGCGCUGUCAGCUGAGGAGCUGGCCGAUGCCCCCCACUCGCGGGAGACCGAGCUGAAGGUGCACCUGAAGCUGGUGGAGGAGGAGGCCAACCUGCUGAGCCGCCGCAUCGUGGAGCUGGAGGUGGAGAACCGAGGCCUGCGGGCUGAGAUGGACGACAUGAAGGAUCACGGAGGUGGCUGUGGGGGGCCCGAGGCACGCCUGGCCUUCUCUGCACUGGGUAGUGGCGAGUGUGGGGAGAGCUUGGCGGAGCUGCGGCGACACCUGCAGUUCGUGGAAGAGGAGGCUGAGCUGCUGCGGCGCUCCUCCGCCGAGCUCGAGGACCAGAACAAGCUGCUGCUGAAUGAGCUGGCCAAGUUCCGCUCGGAGCACGAGCUGGACGUGGCACUCUCGGAGGACAGCUGCUCCGUGCUCAGCGAACCCUCGCAGGAGGAGCUGGCGGCCGCCAAGUUGCAGAUCGGUGAGCUCAGUGGCAAGGUCAAGAAGCUGCAGUACGAGAACCGUGUGCUCCUGUCCAACCUCCAGCGCUGCGACCUCGCCUCCUGCCAGAGUACACGGCCCAUGCUGGAGACAGACGCCGAGGCCGGAGACUCUGCCCAGUGUGUGCCUGCUCCCCUGGGUGAGACACACGAGUCCCAUGUGGCCCGACUCUGCAGAGCCAGGGAGGCUGAAGCGCUGCCUGGGCUGAGGGAGCAGGCCGCCCUGGUCAGUAAGGCCAUCGAUGUCCUGGUGGCUGAUGCCAACGGCUUCUCAGCUGGCCUCCGGCUGUGUCUGGACAAUGAAUGUGCUGACUUGCGGCUGCACGAAGCCCCCGACAACAGCGAGGGCCCCAGGGACACCAAGCUCAUCCAUGUCAUCCUGGUGCGCCUGAGUGUGCUGCAGCAAGAGCUGAACGCCUUCACGCGGAAGGCGGAUCUAGUCCUCGGGGGCUCUGUCAAGGAGCAGCAGGAGUCCUUCUCAUCACUGCCCUCCUUGGGCUCCCAGGGGCUCUCCAAGGAGAUUCUUCUGGCAAAAGACCUUGGCCCAGACUUUCAGAUGCAGCCGCCUGACUUCAGGGACCUGCCGGAAUGGGAGCCCAGGAUCCGAGAGGCCUUCCGCACUGGUGACUUGGACUCUAAGCCUGACCCCAGCCGGAGCUUCAGGCCUUUCCGAGCUGAAGACAAUGAUUCCUAUGCCUCUGAGAUCAAGGAGCUGCAGCUGGUGCUGGCUGAGGCCCAUGACAGCCUCCGGGGUUUGCAAGAGCAGCUCUCCCAGGAGCGGCAGCUACGAAAGGAGGAGGCCGACAAUUUCAACCAGAAAAUGGUCCAGCUGAAGGAGGACCAGCAGAGGGCGCUCCUGAGGCGGGAGUUUGAGCUGCAGAGUCUGAGCCUCCAGCGGAGGCUGGAGCAGAAAUUCUGGAGCCAGGAGAAGAACAUGUUGGUGCAGGAGUCCCAGCAGUUCAAGCACAACUUCCUGCUGCUCUUCAUGAAGCUCAGGUGGUUCCUCAAGCGCUGGCGGCAGGGCAAGGUUUUGCCCAGUGAGGGGGAUGACUUCCUCGAGGUGAACAGCAUGAAGGAGCUGUACCUGCUGAUGGAGGAAGAGGAGAUAAACGCUCAGCAUUCUGAUAACAAGGCCUGCACAGGGGACAGCUGGACCCAGAACACGCCCAAUGAGUACGUCAAGACACUGGCCGACAUGAAGGUGACGCUGAAGGAGCUGUGCUGGCUGCUCCGAGAUGAACGCCGUGGUCUGACGGAGCUUCAGCAACAGUUUGCCAAGGCCAAGGCUACCUGGGAGACAGAGCGGGCAGAGCUCAAAGGUCAUACCACCCAGAUGGAGCUGAAGGCAGGGAAGGGGGCCGGGGAGCGGGCAGGGCCAGACUGGAAGGCAGCCCUACAGAGGGAGCGUGAGGAGCAGCAGCACCUCCUGGCUGAGUCCUACAGCGCUGUCAUGGAGCUAACGAGGCAGCUGCAGAUCAGUGAGCGGAACUGGAGCCAGGAGAAGCUGCAGCUGGUGGAGCGGCUGCAGGGUGAGAAGCAGCAGGUGGAGCAGCAGUUGAAGGACCUACAGAACCGCCUAAGCCAGCUGCAGAAGGCUGCUGACCCCUGGGUCCUGAAGCACUCAGAGCUGGAGAAACAGGACAACAGCUGGAAGGAGACACGCAGUGAGAAGAUCCACGACAAGGAGGCUGUUUCCGAAGUUGAACUUGGAGGAAACAGUCUAAAGAGGACCAAAUCUGUUUCUUCCAUGUCUGAGUUUGAAAGUUUGCUGGACUGUUCCCCCUACCUUGCUGGUGGAGACGCCCGGGGCAAGAAGCUGCCUAACAACACUGCCUUUGGCUUUGUGAGUUCUGAACCAGGGGAUCCAGAGAAAGACACCAAGGAGAAGCCUGGGCUCUCCUCGAGGGACUGCAACCACCUGGGUGCCCUGGCCUGUCAGGACCCCCCAGGGAGGCAGAUGCAGCGUAGCUAUACGGCUCCUGACAAGACGGGUAUCCGAGUCUACUAUAGCCCCCCAGUGGCCCGGCGCCUGGGAGUCCCUGUGGUUCAUGACAAAGGGGGCAAGAUCAUUAUUGAGCCCGGCUUCCUCUUCACCACAGCCAAGCCCAAAGAGUCGGCCGAGGCCGAUGGGCUGGCUGAGAGCUCCUAUGGUCGGUGGCUCUGCAACUUCUCACGGCAGCGCCUGGACGGAGGCUCAGGGGGCAGCCCCUCGGCGGCCGGGCCUGGCUUCCCAGCGGCCCUGCAUGACUUCGAGAUGUCGGGCAACAUGAGUGACGACAUGAAGGAGAUCACCAACUGCGUGCGCCAGGCCAUGCGCUCGGGCUCACUGGAGAGGAAAGUGAAGAGCACGUCCAGCCAGACGGUGGGCCUGGCCAGUGUGGGCACACAGACCAUCCGCACGGUUAGCGUGGGCCUGCAGACUGACCCACCCCGCAGCAGCCUCCAUGGCAAGGCCUGGUCACCCCGCAGCUCUUCGCUCGUGUCUGUGCGCAGCAAGCAGAUCUCCUCCUCCCUGGACAAGGUCCAUUCGCGCAUCGAGCGGCCCUGCUGCUCCCCCAAGUAUGGCUCACCAAAGCUCCAGAGGCGGUCCGUAUCCAAGCUGGACAGCAGCAAGGACCGCAGCCUGUGGAACCUGCACCAGGGCAAGCAGAACGGCUCAGCCUGGGCCCGCUCCACCACCACACGGGACAGCCCUGUACUGAGAAACAUCAACGAUGGACUCUCCAGCCUCUUCAGUGUGGUGGAGCACUCAGGGAGCACGGAGUCUGUCUGGAAACUGGGCAUGUGUGAGACGCGGGCCAAGCCCGAGCCUCCCAAGUAUGGCAUCGUGCAGGAGUUCUUCCGGAAUGUGUGCGGCCGGGCGCCAAGCCCCACCUCGGCAGCAGGAGAAGAGGGCACCAAGAAGCCAGAACCCCUCUCCCCAGCCAGCUACCAUCAGCCGGAGGGGGUGGCCAGGAUCCUGAACAAGAAGGCAGCCAAGUCAGGCAGCAGUGAGGAGGCCAGAACCACCAUGCUCUCCCAGGUGGGGAAGGACGGUGUUCUGCGGGACGGAGAUGGAGCCAUGGUCCUUCCCAAUGAGGACGCUGUUUGUGACUGUAGCACCCAGUCUCUCACUUCCUGCUUCGCCCGGUCAUCCCGCUCUGCGAUCCGCCACUCUCCUUCCAAGUGCAAGCUUCACCCUUCAGAGUCCAGCUGGGGUGGGGAGGAGAGGGCGGCCGCCCCCAGCGAGUGACAGAGCAGCCAAGCUCCCUGCCUCAACCAGCCCAGCCCCUGGAUAGCAGAAGGGAACCAGCGAAGACGAGACAAGAUGAGGUGAGGCGAGGGGCUGUGUCCUCAGCACUGCCUGGCCCUGGAGGGACAGCAAUGAUGCCACUGCCACAAUGCAGCUCUCACAUCAAGGUAAAGCCGGGUCUCUUGCUGGCCUCUGGGUGGUGAGCUCCAACUUCCCAGGGGAAGGCAGUAAGUGGGAGAGAGACCAAAACUGGGCAUCCACUGAGAGAUCCCUCAAGAGCCGAUCCCUGGGUCCUAAGAGAGAGCCUUGCCUGGUUCUGCCCAUGUCCCCCUCUUGGAAGAGCCCAGGAAGGAUACAUGUCUGGCCAUGCCUUUGGGGAAAAGGACUCAGAGAGCUGUUCCCUGCUGACCAUCCACCCCUUCAUUCAGGAGGAGACAGUGCUGAGAAGAACAGGCUUUGCUCUAGAGCUGUGUUGGGUUCCUGGUGGAGCCCAGCUGGGCAUCAUCACCGUCACCUCCUUCUCUCCACCACCACCUCCUCUCAGCCCCACUGCUCUAGAUUGCUGGGACACUAGGGGGUAUGAUAGGGCAGUAGCCAGGGCCAAGUAUCUACUUGGAAUUCUGGAGCCCUGGAUCUCCCUGCCCAUAGCCUGGGUGCAGCAAGAGCUGGGAGGCAAAGUGGAAAUGUACUGGGUGCAGGGUUGGGGAGUGAUUGCAGUUGCCUUCCUUGCCAAAGUGACUUGGGGCCCCAACCUUCCCAGCAGACUUAUUGAAGACAGAAACAGGUAGAGUCAGUCUUCAGACCUGGUGCAUAGAUAAAUGCCUAAAUACACUGCCUUGAUCUCGAUCUCAGAGGCCUCUUUCCCUGGCACCCUGAGAGGGGGCGGGUGCUACAUCUCCACUGUGUUUACAUCCUGCAGCUGGUUGGGGGAGGCAAAGAUAUUCCCAGUAAGAGAUUCCCAGUUGGCCAGGUCAGGCCCAGGAGAACACCAAGAGGCCAGAGCCCAGGACACAGCAGUAGACUGGGGCCUAGGAACACAUAUCUUGCCUAGACUGUUUAUUUGAAUUUUUCAUGCUAUAAAUAUUUAAGGUGGUUUAAUUUAUUUUAAUAACUUAAUUUACCCCCACAGUCCCUAAGGUAAUUUAUUGGAGGUUGGAACAUGCAUUCUUGCCACUGGGACAAGAUGGGGCUUCUAACAGCACAGACAGGCACGGGGUCCCCCGGGUGGAUGAGGCAGCUUGGCAGCCAGGUUUGGUGACCUGGUCUCCUGGUCAGAUUUGGAGGGCCCCUCAACAGAGUUGUACCCCAACACUGCUGGCCAUGUGGCCUCAGAACACUACUUAUUACUCAGUGCCUGGUACUUGGCCAGCCCCAGCGGUCAGUCUGUAAAUACUGACAAGGUGGAGGGCUGGAUGGCCAUCACCACUCGCCGGACAUUCUCCAUUGCCGUCUCAUUUCCCUCUGACACCUUUCUUCAUGAGUCGAAUGUGGAUUACUAAGGCUCUCUUAAGAGCGUGGAGAUCCCUCCAAGUUUCCCAAAUGAGAACUUGAAGGAAAACAGGACUGAACUUCGAGAAUGUUGUUUAUUGCAGCUUUGCACAUAAACCUGAGAGCGUCUCCCAGCCUGCCUCGGUUCUCACCAGCCUGCCAGCCUUCUCACCAGCCUCUCUCCUUAGCCUUAUGGCCUUUCACCGCUCUUCUCCUUGCCCCAGCUCUGCUGCCUGCCCUUCCUCAUAUCCCCCGUGAGCUGCCUGAGCUAUUGGUUGGAUUUCGACGUGGCUCGUUGCAGCAUGUGUGUGGGUGCCUCCCAUGGCCUCCCCUUGGUACCAGUGAACCCAUUUUUGUUGCACAAAUGCUUCCCAUAUACACAUAGACAUGCAGCUUCCUGUAAGUGUCUGGGGACCCAGAGGGGAAACACCAGGGUGGAUCGGCUUGUCUGCAGAAUUGCUCAUCAGGAAGACCAAAACCCAGUAGCUUUGCUGAUUUGCCCCCAGGACUCUGGAGGCACCCCAGCACUUCCACCUCCCACCUGCUAGUUCCCAGACCCACCCAUUCGGGAUCACCUAGAACAGUUACCCAAAGCCCUACAUCUCCCUUCCCUGCAGGCUGAACACCAGGGUCAUGUCAGUCCCACCAGCUGCUUCCUCCAUGCCCCAGUGACAUGUGUAGAAAGAGCAGGCAGCCACUGGAGCUGUGGGUCAGUUCCCCUCUGGGAUGCUGCUGCUCUCACCCGUGAGGUCGGGGGGCCUUCCAAGGUUAUCUCCAGGUGAGGGGAUUCACACCAGGCCACAAGUCACCAGAGGCCUUCUGCCACCUCCCAGAGCAACAGAGAGCCAGGGAUCCUGUGUACCCAGCCUUGGGGAGAAAUCCCCGUUGGACCUAAGCCCCAAGACCUAUGGACUACUCAGCCUUACCAUCGUACUAUCCAAGAUUGUCCUUGCCAUCUUCGUUGUCUCAGCCAGACCUCGGUUUUCAGUGAAGCCCCAGUUUCUAUUUCCUGCAUGCCACUGUGCAAGGCCACUCAUCACUGUUUCUGCAGAAGCCUCCAGAUGUGGGGCUUGAUGGGGUUGAACAUGUUACAUGUAAAUAUUGGUUUGGUUUGGUUUUUAGCAUUUUACUUGGUAACUGGUUGUGUUUUCUUUUUUGGGGUGGGGGGAUUGGUUUGUAAAAACUCUCUUUUAGAAUGUUAUUUCUAAGUUUAUUUGUUUCUUCAAAUGCCUUUUAAGUCUUGGUAACAUUCCCAAAGCAGAAAACUGCCUGACCCAUAGUGGGGAUUCCCCUGGAGAAUGGGGGUCACAAGAAGGAAUGCUGCCCUUCUCCCCUUUCUCCCCCCUUCGGUCCUGCCCCCUGCCUUGUACUGCUAGCUCCUUCCUUCUCCUCCUUUAUCCUUCUUUCUCUUUUCCCCAUCUCCACUCUCUCUUCAACCAAAGUUCCAAGGAACCCUGGGGUCCCCAUCUCCCAGAGACUGCUUGGCUUGGGUCCAUGGGUUUGGCACCAGUUGGUUGGGGGAAAUAGGGGACCAGGUGACAUGACUGGCCCUAAACCUCUUUCCAGAACCAAAUCAGACCCUUUCAGAAUGAUGUCUUCAUUGGAAAACGCAAAUCAAACCAUUCUGGGGCAUUAGUGGCUCUUAGGCCUGCAUGCACGAGACAUCAGAAUCCAAUCCCCUGACCCUGUGCCAGCCCUUUCCCCCAGUUCAUUUCCCACCAAAGGCUGACCUCUAAGAGGUCUUGCUUUCUAUGAACUCAAAAUGGGUCCCACCUCCAGGUGUCCCCAGGGGCACUCUUCUACCAGUUGGCUUCCCAUGUGACAAGGUGAAAGGCCCAACAGCUUGACCCUCUGACACCCUGUGCUGACAUGGCUCCAUCACAUCUACUGGGAUGCACUUUUAUAGUUUCAUCACUCAGCCUCUUCUCCUCUGGCCUACCCAGCACCUAGGCUCUUUCUCCCCCUCCCCUCCUAUCUAGAAUGUCCCCUGCUUCUAGCCUCACCAGACCCUCAAGCUCCCACUACCUCUUCCUUAAUAAUAGUAAUAAUAAUGGUUAUCAUCAUCCCCUGCACAUCCCGCCUAAAGCACUUUACUAUUUAGAAAUUGUUUCCCCUGGCUGGGCACGAUGGAUCACGCCUGUAAUCCUAGCACUUUGGGAGGCCAAGGCAGGAGGAUCACUUGAGGUCAGGAGUUCAAGACCAGCUUGGCCAAAGUGGUGAAACCCUGUCUCUACUAAAAAUACAAAAAUUUAGCUGAGCAUGGUGGUGGGCCCCUGUAGUCCCAGCUACUCGGGAGGCUUGAGCCCAGGAGAAAGAGAUGUCAGGAGCAGAGAUCACACCAUUGCACUCCAGCAUGUGACAGAGUGAGACCCUGUCUCAAAAAAAAAAAAAAAAAGAAAUAGUUUCCCACUCCACAUCUCCUUCAGACUCUUGGGGACAACUCUGGGAGGCAGCCUUGGCAGGACGUGGGUUAGUGCGCCCAUUUUACAGAUGAGGAGACUGAGGUGCAGGUCUUAUCCCAGAACAUGAGAAGUCACUGAGUUUAGAUAAGAACUUGAGUCCAACUCUCCUGUUUGCUGUGCAAAUCCACUGCCCUACUGGGGGCUUUAUGUGGGUCCAGAAUACCCAGAAUAUGCUGCUGGCCAACCCAGGCAUAAAACAAGACCAUUACAGAUCACUGAGCCUGUAUAUUCCAGAGGGUGAUCCGAGCUCCCCAUUCAGCAGAAUUCUCUGAGAGCAUGUUCAGAAUGCAGAUUCCUGGGCUCCACCCUGAAUCUGCAUGUUUAACAAACUCUCAUGGGGAGGCCAGGCAUGGUGGUCAUACCUGUAAUCUCAGCACUUUAGGAGGCCAAGGUGGGCGGAUCAUGAGGUCAGGAGUUUGAGAGCAGCGUGGCCAACAUAGUGAAAACCUUUCUGUACUAAAAAUGCAAAAAAUUAGCUGGAUGUGGUGGUGCAUGCCUGUAAUCCCAGCUACCUAGGAGGCUGAGGCAGAAGAAUUGCUUGAAUCCAGGAGGCAGAGGUUGCAAUGAGCCAAGAUUGCACCACUGCACCCCAGCCCAGGUGACAGUGCGAAACUCCAUCUUAAUAAUAAUACAAUAAAAUUUUUAAAAACAGCCUUCCCAGGGGGUCUUUGGCACUAUUGGCCACACCAUUGGUGUUCAUGGCCCUGAUUAUUAGGCUGUCUUUAUUUUUUUCUAAUUUAUUUUUAAUUUAUUUAUUAUUUAUUUAUUUUUUUUGAGAGACAGGGUUUGCCCUAUGUUGUCCAGGCUGGUUUCAAAGUCCUGGGCUCAAGUGAAAUGUCCUCUUCAGCCUCCCACAGUGCUGGGGUUACAGGCAUCAGCCACCAUGCCAUCUUUUUUUUUUUUUUUUGAGACAGUCUCGCUUAGGCUGGAGUGCAGUGACACCUCUCGGCUCACUGCAACCUCCACCUUUCUGGUUCAGUCAGUUCUCCUGCCUCAGCCUCCCAAGUAACUGGGAAUACAAGUGCACCCCACCACACUUGACUGAUUUUUGUAGUUUUAGUAGAGACAGGUUUUCACCAUGUUGGCCAGGUUGGUCUUGAACGCCUGACCUCAGGUGAUCCACCUGCCUCGGCCUCCCAAAGUGCUGGGAUUACAGGCAUGAGCCACCGCAUCCAGCCUCAUCUAUUAACCAAUAACCAUGAUGCUGUAUCUUUUUUUUUUUUUAAGAUGGGGUUUCACCAUGUUGGUCAGUCUGGUCUUGAACUCCCGACCUCAGGUGAUCCACCCGCCUUUGCCUCCAAAGUGCUUGGAUUACAGGCGUGAGCCACCAUGCCCAGCCUGAUGCUUGUAUCUUAAGAGCACUGAGCACUGAACAGGGACUUAAGGGACCGAGUCCUCAACCAAACUGAUUUGUUUAGUUACUCAGGAUUUCCAAAAGGCAUCAGAGGCAUUUACAACCUUAGUCCUAGGGGUUCAGUAAAAUAGAAAGUAAAAAAGCAAGACAAAUUAUUCUGUAAAUUUAACUGGUAUAAUUCCCAUAAUCAUGCAAUUAAAUUUUACUAUUGAGUUUCCUGACAGCCAUGGCAAAAAGAGAAACACAUCAGGAUUUAAAAUUUUUCUCAUCCAAUUACGGGAAGCAAGCAUGUUGCCCUCUUCUACUAAUUUAUAGCAUAUAUCCUUUCAUCAAGGGCCACUAAGCCAGUUGGUGAUUCAGCGAGUGAACCUAAGAUGCAAGGAUGUUUUCCAGGUGACUAUUUAAAAAAAAUAAAUAAUCCACUGACGUGAAUGAUCUUGGUGAGAUCAUGUAGCUGGUCUAUACCUCAGUUUCCCCAUCUAUAAGGUGGGGUAACAUCCCACCCCAUGUAGCUGUGGUGAGAACAAGCUGCAACACUGUGCCUACAAGUCUCCUUGGAAAAGUGUGAGGUUCUACACCAAUGGAAAGUGGUCUGAUCACACUCAGUGUCCUCAGCCCAGCCUUUCAGUGCCAUGGCUGUGGGGUGGGGGACAAUAUCCUCCUUACGCCCUUCACUAGUCUUCAUGAAUAGCAAGGAGACCAUAACAUAAUUUGGACCAAACCCCUUCCUUUUCAAAAAAAAUUGUGAGGUCAGAUGUAGUGGUUUAUGCCUGUAAUCCCAGCACUUUGGGAGGCUGAGGCAGGUGGAUCACCUGAGAUUGGGAAUUUGAAACCAGCCUGACCAACAUGGAGAUACCCUAUCUCUACUAAAAAUAGAAAAUUAGCCAGGUGUGGUGGCGCAUGCCUGUAGUUCCAACUACUCUGGAGGCUGAGGCAGGAGAAUCGCUUAAACCUGGCCUGGGCAAAAUGAGCAUAACAAAAUUUACCAUUUUAAACAUUUCUAAGUGGCUUGAUACAUUCACAAUGUGUAACCACCACGUCCAGAACUUUUUCAUCAUCCCAAACUGAAACUCUGUACCCACUAAACAAUAACUCCCCAUUCCCCCAGCCCCUGGUAACCUCUAUUCUACUUUUUUUUCUCUGUGGAUUGGCCUCCACUAAAUAUUUCUUGUAAGUAGAAUCAUAUAGUAUUUGUCCUUUUGUGUCCAGCCCACUCAUUUUUUUUAGAUAAGGAAUCAGGCCCAGAGAAGGCAGUAGCUAACCCAAGGUCGCACAGCAAACCAAAGGCAGAACCAAGACCAGAACCCAGGUUUCCUGACUCCCAGCAGUUCUUGCAUCCCCAGUAGUGAAGGAGACACUGCUUUGACUUUCUGAAAUCUUGGUUUAGCCCCUUCCUCUCUGGGGUCAAUCUGUUUGCCUCCCAGCACCCACCCAUCCUUUCUUUAUCCUCUGCCUCCAGAGCCUCCUGUCUUCCUGCCUCCUCUUCUCCUUGGCUGGUUCCUGCCAGCAGAUGGAGUGGCCCUGGCCCAUGCCAGGUUUUCCUUUUCUGGGCCCUGGCUCACUGUAGCAGUCAGCUCUCAGUCCUCCAAGGAUGUUCUUCCCAGCACUGCUCCCUCCUAUGGAUUUUCCUGCACCUCAGUAACUCAUUUCCUGUCCCCCUGCUUCCUAUCAGGGAAGCCUUCCUGUCCACAUCUGUGGUUUCCAAACUCUGAUAUUUACUCUCAAAUGUGGUGGUGUCCUGGUUCUGCUGUUCUCACACCAGAAAAAAAAAGAACAAAAAACCCUCUUCCCCCAGUGCAUCAGGAGGCACCAGCCCUGCCAGCCCUUCUCAUUGGGCUUGCCCUGCCUCAGCGACCCCCAAGUCCCACCCUUGAUCCACGCUGUCUUCUCUGCAGGCAGCCUGCCAGCAGCAGCCCCAGCACUUUGCACUGGGUGUGUGUGUGGUGGUAGGGGUGGGGGGGGGUGGAUCCCUUCUUUUCCUCCUCUGCUUUACCUAGUCCCAGAUAGCCUUGAUUGUAAAGCAGGUGCUGCCUGACGGGUUCUUCUCUCCCUCUCUCUGGUCAUCUAUCCAUCUCUAUCCAUUCAGUAUCCAACCAUCCUUUCCAUGUACCUCUGGACCUCACCACCCUCAGAGUUGCUUGUCCUGGCAGAAUCUACAGUUCAUCCAGACUCUACCCCUUGCCCCUCCCAACCCAACAGCAGUUGCAGUUUGCAGAAUCCAUAGAUCCAAGGUCCUAAGGGGACUGAGGACAUGAUGCUGGGCUCAAGUCUCCUGCCUAGGGCUCCUCUCCACUGCCAGCCCUGCCACUCCUCCCUCAUCCUCCUUGGAGCCUCCUCUGCUCCUUGUCUAUCCCAUUGGCCCUGCUCCCCUCCCUCCCUGCCCUUCACCAGCUUUCUGGACACCAUGCCCUGAGGAAGGGACCUUUGGUUUUCUCUAAACAUCUUUGAAGGGCUGAGGCAGUCAGGGCCAGCUGCCUUGUCUCUCUUUAUUCGGAACCACUCAAGCCAUUCCCAAAAAGAGGGACCUCAGCUGGCAAUCUGGAGACCUGGCCCAGGUCUGGGCAGAUGUUUUCACUUCUCCCGCCCUCCCAGUCCUGUGAUCCUGUGAUGAGCACCAGGAUGGCCCUGUGGGCCCUAGAGCACCCCCUCAUGCUGUAGGGUCCUGCAGCCCCAUCCUUUCUCUACUGUGCCCUGGUAUCCUGGCUCCUCUCUCAGCUCUAUUGCUGAUCUCUGUGCCUUACUUUAGUUCUCUGCACGGGGGACUCACCCCAGGACCAUUCCCAUCGGCUUCCCAGGUGAUAUGUUGCCCCAAGGCUGGGCUUUGCCAGCUGUGGCCCAGCUCCUUAGUGCUGCCCAAGAGGCACCAGGUUGCUAAGGUUGAGUGACUGUGGGCACCGUUCUUGGCCAGUGGUUCUCAUUUUGCCUUCCAGCAGUGGGAAUAUCACCUGGGAACUUGAUAGAAGUGCAAAUUAUCGGCCCCACCCAAGACCCACUGAAUUAGAGCUUGUGGAGUGGGGCCCUGCAAGCUGGGGUUUGAAGGAGCCCUCCAGAUGGUUCCGACAUGCACAAGAAUAUGCCAGCUGCCGAUCUGGGCUAGCCAUUAGUGUAGCCUGGGGAGGGACUGGGGCUGACUAGGCCAAGAACAGGUGGAAAACAGCAGCCUCGUCUGGAAUCCUGAGAUUGCGAAUCACCACCAACAAAAACCAACUCUGUAGUCUCUCCUCUUGGAAAAGGAAGAGAAGCUGGAGGGCCUGGAGAAAGCAUACGUUUUUCCUUUCCCUGAUCCUGCUCACUUCUCUCACUUGUCUUGGUUUUACAAAAGGCUGUGUAGAUGGUGCCCACCAGGGAGGGGGUGGGUGUCCUGGGGAGGCAGGACGAAGAAGACCUUGACUGUUUAUCCUUUGGGAACCUCACCAUAGGCCAGAUGGUCCCUCCUCAAAUGCAAAGAAAUCUAACUCCAUCAGGAAAGAAUCCUAAAUCCCCAGUUCCUCCUCCUCCCAACCCCAGGGAGACCUUGUAGACAGUGCCAAAAAACAGCUCCAACCUCCAGCAGCUGGGAAGAGAGCCAGAAGCUGCCCUUCCUCUUCAUCCUGGCGCCCCUCCCCAGCCCCCGCCAAUACUGUGAACCCCCUUCCCACUCAGCCUGGUUUCCUGGUGAGGGUCCUGCAAUCAUGGGCCCUGGGGGACCCCCAGGGCAAGGCCCAUGGGAGGGAAGGGACCAAGGGCAUCCUUGGGCCAACUGUCCACCUCUCUUGUCCACUGUUCUCUCCUUUACACUUCUGUCUUCAAAAGGCUCCUUCCCAGGAUGGAUCGGGUGCUAGGACAACUGCGGUCCAGUCCACCAGCUCUCCCUGCUCUGUGUCUUAUUUCAGACAUAAGAAUAACUGUACAGUGUAAACUUAUAAAGCGUUUUUAAUGGUUGUAGAUUGGAAAUAAAGUAUGUCAUAUGAACAGCU